AUCAAAACAACCAGUCCCUGUAGGAAACACUUGUAGGCUGGGAUGCACUCGAAGAAGACGAAACUUGAGGCCACAGCCGAUCUUCGUGCAGCAAAAUAAAAUAAGACUUUAUUGAGAACAUACGUGAGGGCAAACAGACAGAGCUAAAGAUGCUUCUGUUCCUGUCCGUGCUGAUCCUCUACGUGCCGUUAGAGGGCAGCAGCUCACCAAUCAGUUGCUACAAUGACCAAGGAGAUGCAGUUGAUUGGUUCUAUAUAUACAAACUUCCCAAAGAGCAUGGCAGUAAGUCUCCUGAACAAGGUGAGAUGUAUUUGCUUUUGGACCAAGGGAGUGAAGGAUGGACUGAAGGGAAGGGGACAGUGAAUGACACCACGAGCGCCCUGGGCAGGACGGUCGGACAGCUGUACACGCAGGGGAAGAAUACAGACAUUGCAUACAUCCUUUACAAUGACCAGAAGCCACAUGAGGACUCGUCUGGUGACAGAUGGGUUCAUAACAGUGAGAGCAGAGGGGGUCACACGAAAGGUGUUGUGCUGCUGGAUAAAAAUCAGGGUUUCUGGUUGGUCCACAGCACCCCUCAGUUUCCUCCUGUUCAACAGGCAGGGGAGUAUUAUUACCCCAGCAGCGGGGAGAAUAAUGGGCAAAACUUCAUCUGCGUUACAUACCCGCUCGACCAUUUCCAGACCAUCGGAGAACAGCUGGAGAUCAAUCAGCCUAAUGUGUAUGACUGCAGCAUCCCAGAGUCCUUGGCAUCCCAGGUGCCUUCGCUCGCUGCUCUUUGUGACAAAAGAAAUCGGAAAUAUGAAUUCUUUCCACAUGCCAAACCUGUGUCCAAUCGCAGUGUGACACUCACCUCAAAGGGUGGGACAAACUUCAUCAGCUUUGCCAAAGGAGCCUCUUUUGACAACGAUCUGUAUCAUGCGUGGGUGGCCCCAACCCUCCAGUCAGACCUCUUGGUCCAGUUCUGGAUUCGCUCCACGGGCAUCCUUCCUUCCGACUGCUCGGACGACUGGAAGGUCCUGAACAUCAAGCUCCUCAACCCUGGGCAGACGUUCUCCUUCAAGACCAGCCAGGACCACUCCAAAUGGGCGGUGAGCCCCAGUGAGACUGGGGCUGGUGGAGGCUGGGUGUGUGUUGGGGACAUAAACCGAGAUGAGGCUGAGGAGAAGCGGGGUGGAGGCACAGUGUGUCAUCGUGAUCCGGUGGUGUGGAAGGCUUACCGAACAGCGGCCUUGGACUGUGAGGACUGUCAAGGAGAAACAGUCCAGUGCUGAGAGUCUGGAGGAGCCAGAUGUGUCAACUUGGACAUGAUGAGUCAUGAGGGUGAAAAAAUAUAACGUGAACAGGGUUUUAUGUGGAUUUAUUUGUUACAGAUUUCUGUUCACAUCUAGUGAAAUCUGCCAAUAAAGAUGCCAAUAAACAGCAAUGCAAUAUUUCAAUCUUGAAAGUCCAUAGAGUCUCAUCUUCAAAUAAUUACUAUUUAACAGUAAAUAGUAAUGACUUUCAAGUAUGUGCAGGUGUUAUUGUUUAUUUCAGAUUUGAUUCGUAGUGACCAAAAAACCAAACAUCUGCAUCUAAUUUAGGUGUAACUAGAAGUCGUGAGAUUACACAUUAAAGCCAGUCAUCACUCACACCUACUAGAGAAGUAGACAUAUAAUUCAAAUGAAAUGAUCGACUCGUCCAACUUUAGCUAAAAUAUAAAAUUUCCAUCAGCCACAGACACUCAUUGGGAACAUUUUACGUGUUCCUCUGUUAAGUAUGAUUUCAUGUGGUUUUUAAGGGUUAUUGAGUUGUUCUCUUUAUAAUUUUAGAUUUUCUGGAGUUGGAGAAGUAGCUGGAAUAGUUAUGAGUAAUGUUCAUUUUUUAAAAGACAAAAACCUCAAAAGUGGCACUUUAGUGGUUCAAGCAUCUUUAUAACCACUGGGUACUGUUUUCAGAGAAACUGAAGAGACACUGGUGCGAACGGGAUGAGUGCCAUUUCACUCACUGACAUUUUCUGCUUUUAAACAUUAGCUCGUUUAUUCUCAGGGAGAAUUCCAAGCCUGCUGGUUAAUUCUUUUUAAUCAAAUGUGGGAAUGAUUGUGCUUAAUAACAAUCUGUCACUGAUGAUAAAUUACAGACACUUGAAUCAUUAACCAGGCUUGUAUGAGUGUGUAUGCAUCUCCAGCAUGUGCUUUAGAUUUGAUACUUU